ACCCUUCAUGCUCUGUAAUACAGUCAAUAAUCGACUUUUUAGUCCAUCCUGCUCCGACGAGUUGAUACCCGGCGAAAAAAACUACAACCCCCAUCCUUUUGACCCCCGCAACCCCUGAAUUGACGUCAGAGCACACGCACAGAACGCACUUUCCCUUUUUGCUCGUGCUCAUCUCACGCGAGCCAGCUUCGUCAGCGCAGGGGCGCGUGCCACAUCCGAAGCGGAGGGGACAGCUCCCAGGUGCUGAAACUGCUCGGCGCUCCAAAGAGAGGAAGAGAGAGACGCGGAGGGGGGAAGAGAAUCAUCACCACCGCCUGCGUUAGACACUCAAAUAAAACGCCUAUUCUGCAAAACACGAGCACAUACAGAUAGAGCGCGAGGCCUUCAGACCAGGUUUGUUCACGUCAUGUCAUCGACGGUUUUGGUAGUUUCGUUUAUUAACAGUAAUAUGGUUUAAUUCCAAUCUGCCGAUACAAUGACCUCCUGCCCAGAUUUGCUUUGUUAAUAUUAGCUGGCGUGCAUCUCCCACUCAAACUACAUCGAGUAAUUUCUCGCUAAAACGACUGUUUUUUUAUCUCCGGUGGUAAGGAUGCCAGCUUUGCAAUGAUAUUUCAAAGCGAUGCCCUUGCAAAUACAUGGUUUUUGAGUGAGAGUGUGUGUUUUUUUUUUCUCAUACACGGAAGCGAAACCGGUGCAGGAUGGAUGUCCGGCAUCUUUUAUAAAAGCAUCGAUUGAAAGGAAGAGCUUAGCUGCCCGUGUUUGGCAUGUUAGGCGCAGUGGCUUUGACAAAACAUUCACCUUGGAGCAAAGAUGACUCUGCUCUUGUCAUUUUUUGCUGCCAGUCCUCGUGUCCGUUUAGGUCGCUGUCUGCUGACAGCCUGCUCGGUAUUGUUUAAGGUGAAACAGUCAUUUUUUUAACCAGGGAAAAUGUUUGAUUCUAGCGUACAGAGGAAGCUAGGGAAGAGUAUCCGCUCUAAAAUGGAAGAUUAAAUGGCUGCAAGGGUGUAUCAGCAGAAGACAGGCAUGAAACCUGCAAAAGAGUGAAAAUAGAAUGUCAAAUUGUGAAUUGCACAACUUAAUCAAAACAAAAUAGACGUUUUGUCUAAUACAACAUCAUCUCUAAAACAGUAGUGUAAGAUAAAAGCUGCAUUUGAAUGCCUCUGAACUAUCAAUCUUAUAGUUUGACUUACUGAGUAAUUUAAGGGUGGCUCCAUAGAGGGUAAGGUCAGCUCUGCUUUAAAUGGUACUCAUCAAUAUGACAGCUUGCAGUGUUGGUCAUGCUGGUUUGCCUGAGCAAGCCUUCUGUCACCUCUGAUCUGUGUGGUCUGUGUGGUACACCAAGCUUAAAACAUGCCCUGUGUGUAACAUAUAGCUCUUACGUCCUCCUUUGGCUCUUUGGCACAUAUAACCAAACUGUGGUAGAAGUCGCUUUUUAAAAAUAGUACAGCGUCCAAUAAAGAAUAGAUGAUUUGUCUCUCAUUGGUCCACAUCUCCAGUGCGUCACAGAUCUGAGAAGCUUCACACCAACUCAAGGUGAGGCUUUUUCUGCAAUCUGCUCAGUGUCUCUCUAUGAUUUUUCCCCCUUUUUUUGCAGAUGGCUGCUACCCAGGAUGUGAAAGGGAAGGGAGAGGGAGGGGACCAAAACUUUGACUACAUGUUCAAGCUGCUGAUCAUCGGCAACAGCAGCGUAGGCAAGACGUCCUUCUUGUUCCGAUACGCCGAUGAUGCCUUCACCUCAGCCUUCGUCAGCACGGUGGGCAUCGACUUUAAAGUGAAGACCGUGUACAAGAAUGACAAGAGGAUCAAGCUGCAGAUCUGGGUAUGAAAUAUUAAACUCAAAGCAUUAAACAUUUAGAAGUGAGCCGCGAAAUCUUAAAACCUGACCAAGCUAGAUGGAGAUAGAGGAAAAUGCAACACUUUUGGCUUCUUAGCUCUGCUUUUCUCCUGUCAGUUCUUUCAUUUAGAGAGAUUAAUCCCAGAUAUGAUCGAAAAUUGGUAAUCUAGGGUGGAAAGAAUACACAUUUCUGGAUUAACAAGCAGCAACACGCCAGCUGUAUUUUUGCUUUGUGUCUUUUUCUUUGGUCAUGCAAACUAGCACAAAUUUUCAUUAAGCCAAUUGAAAUCCAGAGACCAAAAGAAAUCUGCAUCAUGUUGUCCUCUAAGGUGUACUAGAGGACUAUCAAGGGGGAAGGGGCUCUUUAGAGACUCCCUCCCCCCUCGUUUUCUCUGUCCUUACAGUCUUUGUGUUCCUGCUGAGUGACUCCUGUCUCUAUAAGGCUGUCAAUCAUUACCCAGAGUCCACCUUCUCCUGACCUCUGUCUGUAUCUCUCUCUCUUGAUCAAUACAUUUCAAGGACUGUGACAGGCUGUCGGACAAAAAAGUCUUGCAUUCAUGGGAUCACCUAUGUGCAUUGAUCUGAUUUAAUUCAGGCUUUUGGCUCUUGGGGCAGAUCAGAAAAGCUUUGCUACAUGUUAUACAGUUUUCACUCAAAGUAUAGAAGAGACAAAUAGAUUUAGUGACACCUAGAAAGAGUUAAAAAAGCACCAUAAGGCGAUGUUUCUCUAGACUACAUAAUAACACCCUGAAGAGUUCAGCUCUCGAGUUCAGAGCAGACAAUAUGUUUUGUUCUGUAGUCUUGAAAACAUGUGGUGCAUCAUUGUCAUCAGCAUACAGUAAAUCUUGAGGAAAGGCUGUUUUGUGAUGUCUUCAACACCAGAGUGGAAGUAUAGAGGCAGAUGGAAGUCUCAGCAUCACCGACAGGAGACUAACAAGUGUUAGUUUGGCACACGGUGAGGAAGAGCAGAGAAACAACACCUCUCACAGAACGUGUAGGAAACUGAAGACUGUCUGAGGCUUUUUAAUUAGGAGUUGAUGUGAACUGUUGAAGCAGAUUGUCUUGUAUUACAUCUGAAAUAGUGAAGGUAAAAAAAGUUAAACUCUUUGUUGCUGUCUUUCUGUUAUUCUGUAGUGCCAGUUUUCCUUCAGAGGUUUUGCGGUCCCUUGUCAAAAUAGUUGUCUUCUCCAGCAAUUAGCCAUCCCCCAGACGAUUGGUGUUUGUUAAUCAAAUAAAGGGACAGAAAAGACUCGUCGCGGCAGGAUGUGAAAACUUGAUUUAAACAGUCAAAUGAGUGGCUAAUAGGGCUAAUGUGUUUUCAUCAUUAGCGAAGACAAGCAUAUUCAGAAGGAAAAAGGAUCACCCUUACAUCCACAUAAUUGGCCUGUCUGUUUUAAUUGGGCACACAGAGAGCUGAGACUUUGAGUAAGUGGCUGUGUAAGGUGAUGGCUUUAGGUUAAUGUCACCGAGGCUGUUAAACUAUAAAUCUAAUGACAGGUAAAAGCACAGAAAUGUAUUUUCAGAUGCAUACUGAAGGAGAAGAAGCCAAGCCUGGCCAAAAAGACCUCUAAGAAAAUUUGAAUCUCACUUUACUGAAUGAAGAGGAGUUCAGCGAAGUGUCAGCCUGCACACACUAUACAGCCCUUCUUGAAGUAGUCAGCUGCUUCUCGGAUUGAUUUUUGUUGAAAUGCAGACUACGCGCUAAGCAUUUUCAAGGAGCUCAAAUUUACUGGACUCAGCAUCUUUUUUCUGUCCUGCUCUGCCUUUUUAACAGGAAAAUAGCCUCGUAAUGCAAAGGUCACUGUCAGGCACUUACGCAAGAAUCAAUAGGCUAAUGGCAUGUCUAAGACUUAUAAUUCACACAAGAAGAUCAAAAAAAGGAGUGUUAAACAACAUGCAGAUGACUUUUACAGUCUGCAUCAUGACAUGGUACAACCUUAAAAACAUUUUGGUAACACUUUACUUGACAUCUAUCUCUAUAACGCAUUAUAAAUAUAGAUAUAAUGCAUUAUAAACACGUUAUGGCACUGUAUAACUAUAGUUAUAAACACUCAUAAAUGACCAUAAUGCUUUAUAGCAAUAAUCAUAACACACUAUAAAGCAUUUUAUCAUGACUUACAAGGUCAGGUAUUAUAAUGUGUUAAAGUUGUUAACAACUCACUGACAAUGCCCACAUAGAUAAUGCAUUAUACAUAUAUUUAUGAUGUGUUAUAAUUUGCUUAUAAACAUGUAUAGCUAUAGUUAUAAACACUCAUAAAUGAUCAUAAUACUUUAUAACAAUAAUCAUAACACAUUAUAAAGCAUUUUUAUCACGACUAACAAAGUCAGGUAUAAUAAUGUGUUAUGCUUAUUGUUAUAAAGCCUUAUGAUAAUUAAUGAGUGUUUCUAAUGAUAGUUAUACAAGUUUAUAAGCAAAUUAUAACACAUCAUAAAUAUAUGUAUAAUGCAUUAUCUAUGUGGGAAUUGUCAGUGAGUUGUUAACAGUUAUAACACAUUAUAAUACCUGACCUUGUAAGUCAUGAUAAAAUGCUUUAUAGUGUGUUAUGAUUAUCGCUUUAAAGCAUUAUGAUCAUUUAUAAGUGUUUAUGACUAUAGUUAUACAGUGCUUUAAUGUGAUUAUAAUGCAUUAUACAUAUAUUUAUGGUGCGUUAUAGAGAUAGGCAUCAAAUAAAGUGUUACCCACAUUUUUGUGCUGCUCAGAGAAAGCUUCAGCCUGCUGACGCGACAUGAAAAACGCAGGCCUCUGAGUGCGUUUCUAGAGUUACUGUAACGCAACAAAAGGUGCUAUCUAUGGAGUGUGUGGAUGUUCUGCAGAAUGUGAGCUCUGCCUCUGUGGUGUGAAGGUCAGCGCUGUCCCCUGGCUAUAACACACGCACAGCACUCUGUUGUAACCAUGUGCAGAAGGAUGGCGAGCACGACGACCCUGGCAAAUAACAAGCCCGGUGCCGCCUGUCGGGGCUUCUGUUUAAUGAGAGCCAAGUGGAGCAGCCAGGAGUGGUCCAUCAUGAUUCCCAGAAGCAUGUGAACACACUUGUUGUGGGUGGGACAGAAAACAUGCAGUACAAACAGGAGGUGCAUUAUGGGAGUCUAUUAUUAUUAUGUAACUUAUUGUAAAACAUGCAAAUUCCCACAUCUGUUAUAACUGAUGAGGAAAGACAACACAUCUCUCCUCCUUCCUUUCACGGACACACUCUUCAUCUGUCUGUAUUGGGCUUGAUUAGCAUUUUCAUUGACAUCUCAUAGCAAAAGGGCUGCAGUGAGGAGCUUGUUUCCAGGGUAAUCUGUGUACAAUGAACCACUCCUCGGAUGCUGUGUAAUCACUCGCUCACUGUGCCUUUGAGCAAAUCGUUCAACCUUAUCAUAAAACAGCAAGCAGCUUCUCCGUGUUUAAAGCUUUCCAACCUCUAUUUUUAGACCCCUUUUUUUUCAAGAAAAGCAUACUCCGGGUCCAACACAGCUGAGUGAUUAUUUUAUAGAGGAGAGGAAACAAUCAAUCUCUCCCGCCUAAAUGAAAUCACUGCUUUUUGGCAUCUUAUCAAUGCAAAGCCACAGAGGUAAUUAGCAGAAUGAUCGUUUCCACAUCAUGAGCACAACAAACACUGCCUCAAAUGGAUGCACAAAAGUAGGCGAUGCUUUAAAUUAUGCUCAUAUAUAUGUUCAAGGAAGUCUAAGUGGGUAUAAAUAGCUGCAGAUGAAUAAUGUAUACCCCUUAUUUGACAUCAAAGAUGAGCAUAUAGUGUGUGUGUUGCAGCUGCAGGGUCAUGUCAAUGUUUCUGAGCCUGACAGUGUAAAUAUCAAUCAGCCUGCUAACAUCAUGUCGUCUGUUUGUAGGACACAGCAGGCCAAGAGCGCUACAGGACUAUCACUACAGCAUACUACCGCGGGGCCAUGGGCUUCAUCCUCAUGUACGACAUCACCAACGAGGAGUCUUUUGGCGCCGUGCAGGACUGGUGAGUCUCUUUCUGGCUCGUAUGAGUUAAUAUUCGUCUGUUUUUGAUGUCUCCUUUUAUCCAGUUUCUGUCUUCUACUGUAAUCAAGACCAGACAAGUGUAUCAAAAGGGCUUCCUGUGUGUUGCUGUAAUUUGAUCUCCACAUAUCCUGUACUCUUGACAUUGAACAUACCCAGCUCCUGUCUCUGAUAUGUGACAGACUUGUUGUGCAGAGUGGUGGGGUGAGUCUUUGUCCAACUUGGAGUUCUCAGCGAGGUUUGUCAAGGUCUUUUAUGAGUCACGUAACCGUCUGCAGGCUGGACAGUAACUCUGAGCCAAGCCCAAAUGCCACAGCUUUAUGAUGAUGCAUUAACAUCUAACCCAUGACUUGGAAGAUGGUGUGCAGUUGGCUGCAGAAAUCAGGUUUCUGGGUUAGCAUUCUUGCUCUAGAAACAACAAGAAUCGCAUAACCAGCAUAAACAGCGCUAUGGAGUUUGAGCUCUGCAGAUGAAAAUACAUGUAUGUUUUUAAUUUCUUCUCGCACCCUGACUCUCUGCAGAUGUUUGGUUGGAAACGGUCAUCUUCAAUUUUAUUUACACCCUGCUGUCUUGCAGCUAUCUCUCUCUGCCAGCCAGAAGAGAUUACAGAGCACAGAAUGAGCAUUUCAGAGAGAGAAGGGUUUCUGAAUCAGCAUGGUUUUAUUCUCCUGAUGUGUUUUUGAAGUCGCUGCAAGGAAAUGAUGCUAGGUUUUACAUGAGCUUGGCAUAGACGGUGGUAUUUCUGCAGCUGACAUAUCACCUGCGUGCCCUUUCUAGCACGAUGACAAUCACUAUCAAGGCCACUGUCUGCUCGGCUCUUAUCUCUAAGCUAGCAGCAGUUGACAGCUGCGUAAGCUUGUCAAAGCAAAAUCAGCUGCCUUUGGUCUGAGUGGAGAUAUGUUUAUAGUUAUUAGCCCUGCUAUUUAAAGUCGUUAGUGUGCAUUGUGCUGAAGACGUCCAUUAUGAGUUGGAUUUGUAUUGAAAUAAGUGUCCCAUCAUCCUACGUUUAAAAUCAAGGUUUUCUUCCGACUCAGACACACCUAUUAUUAUUUUACAGCAUGUCUGACACUUUGAUGAAGUACAGCAGUCUGAGCUUUGUCUGUUGGUGGCUUUAAAUUAAUAGAGCAAAGUGUGUCAUUGGCAGAGAUGGUCGUGCAGACUCACCUGUGAGUUUACCUUCCAGACAGCACACAGAUCAGUCAACAAGAGAGGAAGUGUCUGUUUUUUGACUCUCAUACGAGCAGAUAUCUCCUCUCUGCCUUUGCCACAGGCUUAAAUUCCACUUUCUUGUUCCCUUGUUCCUUGUGACAAGGUUGUAGGAAAAAAAGGGGUUGCCGUGGUAACCACUCCUUCCCAGACUGUGGCUGAAUUAAGCCUCUGACGUGUUCAUUUCCUGCCUGUGACAGGGAGAGAAGACAGGAAAAUAUUGCAAUGGUGACAUCAAAUGUGGGACUUAAAAGACAUCUUAAGAUUUAUUUUAUAAUUCUAUGCAGAUGAAAUGCUAUCACAACAACACAAGGAUUAAAAGAUACAUGUAUAUUUUUUCAUUUGGCUAAAAUGUUCAGAAAUGAUGGAGGUAUACAGUACAGGCCCUUUUUGUUGGGCUGGAGUCGCGAAACAAACACAGUUGUCCUCCAAUCAAUGAACAGAGAGAGAAGUGCCAACAUCCUGCUGUUCUUUUCUUUCUUUCUUUCUAUCUUUCUUUCUCUAGUUUUCUUUCUUUCUACUCCUCUCUCUGCUGUGUUCAGCCUGUGGUAUGUAAGCUGCCCUACUUUUAGUCAAACUGCAACACCACAGGAGACAGUUUUGUUCCCUAAAAUCUGCCUCAAAAUGUGUUUGGAGGUUGGAGCAGUACAGGCACUCAAAAUAUGGGGAUGUUUUCUUUCACAUUUGUUCUGCUGCCUCGACUUUUAUGACCACGCUGACCAAUCAUGUUAUCUUCACUUGUGGUUCAGAGGCUUAAGACUCAAAGUUCACAUGAUGAUACACUUGGUCUCAUCAGUGAAGUGUAUUCAGCGAUUAUUUAUUUCGAAUUAGCUACACCAGCUUUUCUCAGAGGUUUUAUUACAGAUCGAUGUUAGUACCCAGUGUUCCUUCAGUUUAUGUGUCCCUUAAACACAUUUAAGUCUCUAACACUCCAUAUGACCUCACCUCUUAUAAUACAUCAUAGGCACAUCAAAAAAAGAGUCAUAAAUGCAUUUAUAGGCUUUAUAAUAAUCCUUAUGAGGAUUCUACUGUUUUAUAGAGAUGAAUGUUGCCCACUGCUUGCUUCUCUUGUUAUACUAACUUUAGUAAAACCUCCACAAUAGCAAUACACAGCAGUCUGAGGAGCCAUAAACAAACCUCAACCAAAACGCCACUCUAUAGCCACAAAAAAUGCUCAGAACAGCACCUAACUUCAUCAACAGUACAUAUAGGGUCCUAGCCACAGCACAAGCCACCAAACAUAUUUUUAACUUUGCCUAAUUUCUUUAACAAAGAGACUAAACACAACUCACCUACUCUCUUACAGCAGCCGCUUGUUUGUAGCGAGACCUCAGGCCGGUCCGUUACUGCUGAGGGGUGACGCAGCUCAAGGAAGAACAUUUAUGAUCAUUUCUUCAUGGAAAUACAAUCAGGCCGAGACGCUAAGGCAGAAGAACUACCGCGUCUGCAGUGCAAAGAAAUGAUCAUAAAUGUUCUUCCUUGAGCUGCGUCACCCCGCUGUAGUCUGUAAUGGACUGGCCUGGGGUCUCCGUACAAAAAAGCGGCUGCUGGAAGAGAGUGGGUGAGUUGUGUUUCGUCUCUUUGCUAAAGAAAUUAGGCAAAGUUAAAAAGAUGUUUUAGUGCUAUGGCUGGGACCCUAUAUGUACUGUUGAUGAAGUUAGGUGCUGUUCUGAGCAUUAUUUGUGGCUAUAGAGUGGCUUUUUGGUUGAGGUUUGUUUAUGGCUCCUCAGACUGCCGUGUAUUGCUAUCGUGCGAUCGUUACUAAAGUUGGUAUAACAGGAGAAGCGAGCGGUGGGCAACAUUAAUCUCUCGUGGGGGUGUCCAACUCAUAGUUAUGGUGUGUUUGACGCUAAAUUAAUUUUAUGCUGGAAUAUCCCUUUAACCUGGUUACAGAAGUUCAUAAAGACCUCUAUGUAUCAUUUAAAAGUUAUAUUUCUAUGGUUGUCUAUAGGUCAUUCUUAAGGCAGAUCUGUUAGCAUGCUGCUUUUUAAAUGCUAAUUAUGUCCCACACAUGAGAAGGUAUUAAUUAAACAUUAAUUUUGCUGCAUUCAGCUGCAUUUCCCUCCAGGGCUUCCCCACCCUCAUUGGUAUGUUUUUCUUUUUCCCUCUUUCUGUUUUGCAGUCAAUUUUCUCUCCUUCCCAAGUUUGAAGUCAGGCAGAGAUAAUACUAUCAUCAAUACUAUGUAAGAGUGGGGCUAGGUGGCUUCAGCUCUGUGUGACUACAUGUACUCUCAAUUUGUUUUAAACCCACAGACCCCCAGAAAUCAUCUGGACAGACAGAUAACCUCUUCCAGUGGUCCUGAAGGCCGGUCUAGGCCGCGCAAAAAAAAUCAGCAUCAUCGUCAAGUGAUUAAAUAAUUUUAGUAGCAAGAAUUUGACCCACUUUUCACUGUUGUUAUCAGUGACUCAAACAUUACAGGAUGCCAAACACAUGAUGAUGUCAUCUCUGUUCAUGACCGCUCCAAAUGGCCGAACCCAUGUCCUUGUCUGCCAUCUUUUUUGUUUGCUUCCUCAGGACCUCUUCCAACAGAACUAGCUCUAAAAAUAUCUGAAUGGGAUUUUCAUAAAAGGUAGAAACAAUGUUUUUGAUUGUGAUUAUUCUUGUUUUACUGUCUUUUCUAAUUGUGCGCAGGUCAACCCAGAUAAAGACCUACUCUUGGGAUAAUGCACAGGUGGUGCUGGCUGGAAAUAAGUGUGAUAUGGAUGAAGAGAGAGUGGUGUCUGUGGAUAGUGGCAGACUGCUGGCUGAACAGUUGGGUAAGUCUCUGAGUUAUAUUUACCCUUUUUUCAAUUUUAAAUUGGGCAGCAUCUUCAUAAUGUGUGUUGCCACAAGAAAACAGUUUCUGCACUUUGUUCCCCUUGUUGGGAACACUUUAUAUCAAGGUGGCUGUAAUAAGUUGUAAUUAAUAUGUAAUAAGUCACUUAUAAGACAUUAUUUACACUUAUAAGACCUUAUUAACAUAAAUAAGUCUAUAGAAGUAUUAAUAGAGGCAUAAUAAAUACCUUUAUUACAUCUUAUAAGACACUUUUAUGCACUAAUUAGAAACUUAUUAAUCGAUCAAAUAUCAUAAACAUUAAUAAGAUGUUUGUUUGUUAAUUACACUUUAUAAGGAAGUAUAAAAGCCUUAUAUUACUUUGUUAAGCACUUAUUAUGCACUAAAAAAGGUCCUCUGCAGAUACUGGAUCAAAAGUAGGAACACUGCUUAUAAAGAUUAAUCAAUACUUAAUAAUGUGCUUAUUAAUCUUUAUAAGCAGUGUUCCUACUUUAGAUCCAGUACCUGCAGAGAAGCUUUAUUGACUCUUAAUGAGCACAUUAUAAGGUAUUUAUUAAUCUUUAUAAGCAGUCUUCCUACUUUAGAUCCAGUACCUACAAAGAAGCUUUAUUAGUGCAUAAUAAGUGCAUAACAAAGUAUUAUAAGGCUUUUAUACUUCCUUAUGAAGCGUUAUUAAUGUAAACAAACAUCUUAUUAAUGUUUAUGACAGUAUAUAAACAAUAAGUUUCUAAUUAGUAUAUAUAAGCAUCUUAUAAGACAUAAUAAAGGUGUUUAUUAUGCCUCUAUUAACACUUGUAUAGAUUUAUUUAUGUUAAUAAGAAUCUAAUAAGGUCUUAUGUCUUAUAAGUGACAUAUUACAUGUUAAUUACAACUUAUUACAACCACCUUAAUAUAAAGUGUUACCCACUUCUCUCUCUUUCUCGCCCAAGGUUUUGAAUUCUUUGAGACCAGCGCCAAAGACAACAUCAAUGUGAAGCAGACCUUUGAACGCCUCGUCGACCUAAUUUGCGACAAGAUGUCUGAGAGUUUGGACAGCGACCCCGCUGUCACCACGGGAGCCCCCACCGCCAAACUCACAGACAGCGCUCCACCGCUGCAGCAGCAGGGGUGCAACUGUUAGUGACCAACAUUUGGGAGCAAAGGGAGGGCAGCGCAGGUCUUGUAAGGUGUCCCGAGUUUUUAUUUCUCCCUCAGCGUUCUCACUCCUGCUAGUGCUGCUUUCUCUGGACACUGCACUUCACACCCUGGUUAGUGGUAGAAUUACAAAUGGCUGUUGUAUUAUCUCUCAACUUUUAUCACCUUAUAUCAAAAGCAAAUAACCAGACAAACAGUCAUGGCUGUGUAUAAUGUGUAACAUUACAGGAUAUUUACAAUAUAGAAAAAACAUAUUCUCAAUUUUCAGCUAGUUAGUAUGGUGGUAAAGUAAGUAUGAUCAAUAAGGCCAUAGUCAAUAUGUACAGUUAAUCCCGAAGACCUUUAAGACCUAAAAUAAUUAUAAAGUUAUUGAAAAAGUGAGUGCUUGAAUAGUUUUUUUCAUUCUUUGUACAGUAUGGAUUUACUUUUAUAGGGUUAUUUGAUCUCCUAAAGCUGCCAAAUCUAUGAUUUCGUGCACUAUAGGAUGUAGCGGCUUUCUUUAGUGUCCUGAGUGUGUGGCUGUUGUGUGUGACUGUGUAGUAUGUGAGUGCAUGAGUUUCAAGUCUGAGUGUGACUUUUGUCAUCUUAAAAAAUUAUCUACCUUGGAUAAAAAAGUGGCCUUUUAGCAUCUCCAACACGGCCUCUGUAGGUUUUUCUGUCAUGCUUACUUACUUUGGGAAUGAAUCCAGUAUGAAUAAUGUUGAUGUGAGUACUAUUCCACGUUUUGCUGUCUUUAGAUGUGUGAUAUUUCAAUAAGUGUACCUGUAAAAUCUUAAAAGCAAAUAUUUCUAUGUGCUUAGCCUCUAAGAUGACCCUUUAUAGUUUGAUGCGAUGAGCAUGCUUCAAAAAAAUCAAUCCCGUGUACUGUUUUGUCUUAAAGUAGAAGCUAACUAUGAUAGUGGCGAUCCAACAUUACUUUGAAAAAGAAUCUCAUACUGGCAAGGCACAGAAAAGUGUAUAUUAAACAACAACUGAUCAGCACUGGCAUGGAAUAAACAGCCAUAUAUAAAUCAUGUUGUUUAACUUCAAAGUCAGCAUGCUAACAUGUCAUGUUUAUGUGAUGAAAUUCAAACCCUCCAGAAAGGAAGAAAGAAACAUUACCGACAUACAGUGCUGCAGUGGUCUUAAAAAUAAAUUCAACAUAUGCGGUAUAAAAGAUGAAGCUUAUUUUAACAUCCAGGAAGCCUUUAAGUUCUGCAACUCAUAGUGAAAAAACGUGCCAAACGUCAUAGUUCCUUUAUCAUUGUAAGUUGUUUGUUGCAUAGUCGAAUAAAAGCCCAAAAAAUUGCAUGAAGUCAGCCCUGACUUGUCCAUAUAGGUUUCUAUAAGAUGUAUAUAAAUAUCACUCUGUGUUACAGAUUUAGAAGCAUUGUCAUAGCACUCGCUGUGAGAUGCAAUGGGCCAAUAAGUGCAAUAUUUUAUGAAUGAAACCCUGUACAUAGUUUCUCCUGUCCUUCGCGGUGUGUUUGAGGGACAGUGUGGUCAGAAUGGUUGAUCUUGAAAAAGGUGUGUGUGUGUGUGUGUGUGUGCGUGCAUUGUUGUGUAACUGCAGCCACUGAAUGUGGGACUCUCCCUGUGUGUGUGUGUGUGUAUUUGUGGGUACCUGCCAUAUUGACCAGACAAACAACGUAAUAUAGUGUAUUGUUUGUGUAUACCUUUUGUACAAAAAUAUUCACGUACUAUACGCUGUUCCUGCUAAGUGUUGAGUGUUGGUUGAAUUGUGUUUUCAUGUCAAAAUGCAGUGUUAUUGUGAACGAUGAUCAGGAAGGUAACCUAGUCCAUGCCAGAUGCCACACUGUUGUGAUACCAAUAAAAAAGGGAUACACAUACAAGACCCUGUGCAUCCGUGUGUACACACGCCCCGUGUGUGUGCAUCUGUGUAUGUGUGUGACAUAUAAUUUUAUGCUAACAGCCAUGAAAUAAAUUACUGUAUUGAUCUCCAGCCUAGUUCAUUUAAUAGAGAAAUAGUUAUGUGGCAUUUCAGUGCCCAAAAAAAGUUACUCUGGUCCACUCUCAUUUUAGAUCAGUAAUGACUUUACAUAUAACUGAAUAUAUUUGUUUCUCAGAGUGCAAGCAAACCAAGAAAUAUGUUUUUGAGAUUAUAGGAAAUAAAUCAAAUUCUAUCAGAG